AUGGCGAAGCUUCAACUUUUCUUUCAAAGCCUAGUUGUAAUUCUGGCAGCGCUUUUUUAUCUCUCUCAUGCUGAUGUUGGCACAGCUGCCCAAUAUAAAACCCCAUAUUUACCCACAGCCUGUUAUGGAAAUGAUGCUUCACAGUUCCCCUCGAGCAACCUGUUCGCGUCGGCCGGCGAGGGGAUAUGGGACAAUGGUGCCGCCUGUGGGAGACAGUAUUUAGUGCGGUGCAUAAGCGCGGCUCACCCUAGAACUUGCAAACCCGGCCAGACAAUUCAAAUAAAGAUUGUUGAUCGUGCACUUACUUCAGUUUCUAGGCCUUCCCGGAAUGGUGCUACCAUGGUUCUUUCUACAACUGCAUUUGGGAUGAUAGCCAACCCUUCGGCUUCAUUCAUUAACAUAGAAUUCCAGCAGUGA